GGACUUCCCAGUCAGAAUAUCCGCCACUUCAUCAAUCCACUAAUUCAUCAACCUACCGAUCCAUUGAUUCUGCGGUCCAGGACCAACCACGCCAUGGCCGUCGACACUGAUCCCGGAACGGCCUACCACAGCGGCAAGCUGAUUCCACUCAAGACCAAGGAUGAAGUGCGUGCCAGCACCGAAACCCAACAAGUCUACGUCAUCGAGACUCCUUCUCGCAAUGCCAAUGAGGUCAAGGAUAUGAUUCACGAGGCCCUCCCGGAUUUCAAGACCGCAGAAGUGUCCCAUCUACGCCGUGUUGUCCAGUUCAAGUACCUGCCGGGCCAUCUCCAGAGACAGUUCGGCCCGCCUCCAAGGCUUCCAAGAGGUGACGACCACGAUACCCCUAUAGACUUAUCUCCAUCUUCCACACCACUUCCUCAAUCCCCCUUAGGCUCCGAUCCCGAAGACGAUGGCCUCCUAACAUCUUUAUCUCCGCCCUCUUCCCCCCUUCCUCCUUUUCCCCCAGACCCUGAAACCCUUGAGAGUUCAGUUACUAAAGACGAGGAUUUAGUUCGUUACUUCAUCUUGUGCCCAACCCGCUACAUGCAGCAUGCCGAUCUUUUUGCCUUGCUCCGGAAACAAGAGCCGUUCUCCUCUUUCCCGGUCGGACCUAGGCUCUUAUACGUGACCGUUCCCACCCUGGCACCCACCUCAUCGGAGCAGGCCGCCGAAUGGAGCGCAGCCUAUUGGCCCAUUGCUUACAAAAACACUAAUCCCUAUGGCCCGCACCCCAGUCUCGUUGCUAGGAACGCCGCCGAAAUGGAGAACAAAGCUGGUGACUUUCUCGCUCUUGCCAAAAAGGCAGGCAUUGAGAUAUCUAAUACUGGCAUCGGUGAAAAUAUCGGCUGCGUUGUGGUGGAUCACAGCCGGGAAGUGCCCGAAGUUGUCGCCGUGGCAGGCGAUUGCCGCUGGCGCUCCCCUACAGGCAAUGCCGAGUGCCACGAUGGACACGGCAACGUCAUGGCACACUCCGUGCAGCGCGCGAUUGCCAUGGUCGCAAAGAAGAGGCUUCGCCGCACAGGCGCAAAUCCAACGCUGCUCGAUCGUUCACUGUUCGGCGACAUCCCUUUGACCGAAGUAGAGACACCCUAUUACGAGAAAGACAACGUCAAUGCCAACGGCUAUCUCUGCGUGGACCUGGACAUCUAUCUCACCCACGAACCUUGUGUUAUGUGUUCCAUGGCCAUCGUGCAUUCACGAUUCAGGCGCUGCGUCUUCGCCAACCGGAUGCCCUUGACGGGCGGCAUGACAGCAGACUCAAUUGGUGAUGCUAAUCAUCCUGGCAAGGGAUUGCGACACGGCAUGUUCUGGAGGCCAAGCGAGCUGAACUGGAAGUUCCUGACUUGGGAAUGGCAGAGCGAUGACGAGGAGGCGCAAUCGAGCAUCGAUGAUACCCUGCACGUUUAG